AUGCCAGAAGUAGUUUAUGUUGAGUCUAGUUCGGAUGACGAAUCUUAUGUUGAAUCUAGUUCAGAAGAAAGACCAAAUGAAAAAGUGAUUGUAUCAAAUCGAGAAACCAAAAAAAUCAAAGAUUCGAAUCAAUUAAUCGUCACAAGAUUCGUAGAUAAGGAAAAGAAAACGAAUGAAGAGAUCGAAGCGUUAAAGAAAUGUAACGAUUAUUGGAAAGAGAUUGCGCACACCCGAUUAAAGAAUAUAGAAACGAUGAAUGUAGCAUUAGAUUCACAAUCCAAAAGGAUCUAUGAAUUAGAAAGAUCAAUUUCCGAUACAAAAGCUGAAGAACUUCGAGCAAAGAAAGCAAGAUAUGAUAGUUGUAAACCUCAUGACCUCGAUUCAACGAAAAGAAUGUCAAAUCAAUAUGGAAUCGUGGUUCAUAGUAUUCCUACUAAGAUGAACUUGAAUUCAUCUGAUGAAAUCAAAUCAUUUCAAAUCGAAAACUUUGGAUUCUUAAACUCAUUAACCUCAAUCCAAUGGAUCAAUCCAAGAAACCUAGUUGGCAAACUCAACUCAUCAAUCGUGAUUUAUUUAAGUGAUUUGAACGAGUUUGAAAUCCUCUUAAAGAAAAGUUAUGUUUUAUUUGAUAAACAAGUUAAACAAGUUAAAAAGUUUGUGUCGAAUUUUCAUACUGCUACUGGUCCGGGUGGGCUUGGAAAAGUGGUAUGUUUUAAGUGUGAAGGGGUGGGUCAUUUUGCUAGAGAUUGUAUUUCUACUGCAAAGAUUGGAUUUCAAAGAGAAAGUGAAGAAAGUGAAACGGGUCAAGUAGAAUAUGUUGAACGGUUUUUGAAAUCGAUUAUUGAUUGA